UAGACCAUCCAAAGCAAGUCUUCGUUAGCAAUUACGAUCGCCAAAGGCCGUAGUAAGGCUUGGAAGCUGUAGUUACUCUUCAUUCCUGUCUCCUCACCUUUCCCCCUCCCUCUCCUUUCACGGUUCACACCAUUAACACAACCCCAGCCGGCCAAACACUUCUUUACUUUUCUUUUCUACUUCUCUUGUCUUUACUCAAUCCCAGAAAAUUAAAGAAAAAGGAAAAUUGAAAGAGAAAUGACCUUAACGCCAUCAUCGCCACCACAAAAUCUCUAAUCUACUCCAAUCCCAAUCCCCAAAUUUGCCUCCCAAUUCCCCUUCUGGCACACCCCCAAAAACCCUAAAAAUUGAUAACUAAAAGGAAAUGGCCACCACUACUACCACCAGUCUAGGCGGCGGCGCUGACGAUCGGGUCUUGGCCACGGCGCAGCAGAUCGUCAAGAGCCUCAACACGACCAAGAACGUCAGGGAGGAUAUGCUUCUGAUCUUCUCCAGCUUUGAUAACCGCUUAUCCAAUAUAACCGAUUUGAUCAAAGAGGAAUCGAAUUCGCAGUCCAGAUUGGAUGUCGCUGAGAAGGUUAUUCUCCGUUGGGAUUCCGCCCGCCACUCUGCCCCAACUUGGGAUGAAGCGCCCGAAGAAGCCGCUGAAUAUCUUACUGCUGUCGACGAAAUUCUCGACUUGUUGGAUGAGUUGUCUAUCCGGUCUGAUAACGAGAUCAUUGACCGGGCCGAGACUGCUGUCCAGGUCGCUAUGUCGAGGCUCGAGGAAGAGUUUCGUCACCUCUUGAUAAGGAACACUGUUCCUCUUGAUGCGGAGCGGUUGUACGGAUCUAUAAGGCGAGUAUCGCUCUCCUUUGUAUCCAAUGAAGGGGAAAUCGGUGAGGAAUUUGAGAGUUUCGGAGAGAUUGAUAAUGAGAGCACGUGUUUUCAUGAGCGAGGAGGGAGUUUGGGUGACGAUGUAUGUGUGGAUUUGAUAAAUAGCGAGUCCGUGGAGGACCUCAAAAUGAUUGCAGAGAGGAUGAUUCGAUCAGGCUACGAAAAGGAAUGCGUUCAAGUUUAUAGUAAUGUUCGCAGAGAUGCUUUGGAUGAGUGUUUGGGGAUUUUGGGAGUUGAGAAACUGAGUAUAGAAGAGGUCCAGAAAAUUGACUGGAAAACUUUGGAUGAGAAGAUGAAGAAAUGGACACAGGCUGUUAAGAUUGGAAUCAGGGUUCUUUUGGCGGGAGAGAAGAGGCUUUGUGAUUAUAUUUUCAACGGGUCUGAUUCGGCUAAGGAGAUUUGUUUUAAUGAGACUGCAAAGGGGUGUGUGAUGCAGUUGUUAAAUUUUGGGGAGGCUGUGUCAAUUGCGAGGAAGUCCUCAGAGAAGCUGUUUAGGAUUUUGGACAUGUAUGACACAUUGGCAGAUGUUUUCCCAGAUUUGCAGUCGAUGGUUACAGAUGAGUUGGUGUGUAGUGAGGCGAAGGGAGUACUGGCUGGAUUGGCAGAUGCUGCAAAAGGGACUUUUGCAGAGUUUGAGAAUGCUGUCCAGAGCGAGACUUCCAAGAAGCCUAUGCUUAAUGGGGAGAUUCAUCCUCUUACUCGUUAUGUCAUGAAUUACGUGAAAUUGGUUGUGGAUUACAACGAUACACUGAAUUCCCUUCUGGAGAAUGAUGAGGAUGAAUCCAGUGAUUUGCGAAAUGAUGAUGUAGAGAGCACAACAACUCCUAUAGCAAGGAGAUUGCUGGGUUUAUUAUCAACUCUGGAGUCAAAUCUUGAGGAGAAAUCAAGACUGUAUGAGGAUGGUGCUAUGCACUCUAUAUUUCUGAUGAAUAAUAUUCUGUAUAUAGUGCAGAAGGUCAAGGACUCAGAACUUAUCAAGCUUGUGGGAGAUCAGUGGGUUCGCAAACGCCGGGGCCAGAUUCGCCAAUAUGCUACAGCUUAUCUUAGGGCUGCUUGGACUAAGGCCUUGUUUUGUUUGAAGGAUGAAGGGAUUGGUGGGAGCUCCAAUAAUGCCUCCAAAGUUGCUUUGAAGGACAGGUUCAAGAAUUUCAAUGCGUGCUUUGAGGACGUAUAUAGAAUUCAGACAGGUUGGAAGGUUCCAGAUCCUCAGCUUCGUGAAGAGCUUCGAAUAUCUAUUUCUGAAAAAGUUAUACCAGCUUACCGAGCUUUUUUGGGAAGGUUUGGGAGUCAGCUAGAUAGUGGAAGGCAUUCUGGUAAAUACAUAAAGUAUACAGCGGAGGAUUUAGAGAAUUACUUACUGGAUUUGUUUGAAGGGACACCUCUUGUUCUUCACCACAUGAGAAGAAAAAGUUCAUAGGAUACAGGACUCUUGUAACAGGUAAGCAUGUGUUCUCAUCAAGGAUUAGAAGGAACAAUGUUCAUCUAUUUAAUGUAUCUGAAUGCUAUGCUUUGUAUUUGGCUGUUGUUAAUGUUUUAAACACAGGUCUCUGCAAUAGUAAACAGUGCUCCGUUUAUAUAUAAUAUAUAUUAAGCUUUGUACA